UAGAAGAUUAAAACACGCACCACCCGACCACCGCCCCUUCGUCCUACUCUUCGUAAAAACAUCGGCAAAUUCGAACCGUUUCCUUCCGACCUACCCCCACUUCCUUGCGUCUUCGUCUUCGUCUUCGUCUCCGCUAAAUCCAUCCUCAAAUCCAAGCGAAGAAAUAGAAUCGAAACCCUAACCCUAGCUCUAAAUCCAUGAUCUCUUGUUUAUAGUAUCCUAGCUCUUCACCCUUGAUUCCCUUGCCAACGAAUAGGACUGUCGAGUUUGAUCGAUCUCAACGCCGUAGAUCUUUUCCGUUACUCCGAUUUCUUCCACCUUUUUGUCUUCUCCGAUCGAGUGUCGGAUUCCUAUCACGGAUCCCUGCUACGAGAUCUCAGUGAUGAGGUUUUUGGUUCGUGUUUGUUCCAAUCUCCGGAUUGGAGCUGUCUGCUAUCUCUCUCAUCCGAAAGGCUAGAUCCUUGUGUAUUGAAGAAGACUUUGAUAGCUGCUGAUGGAGAGGAUUGGAUUUCUGGCGGUGAUCGUUUUGUUUUUGGUUGUGGCGCGAGGGUCCGAUGCUUCAUGUCGAGUUCUAAUGGCUGAUGGCAAGGGAGACGACAAGCGCAGCUCGGGAAAGGUGUCUCUGUCUCCUACUCCGAAUCCUUCACCGAAAAACAAUGGUUCUGAGUCGAGCCAGAAAUCUCCACAGAAGAAAUCACUCCAAUUCCCUCCACUUGCUGCGAAUUCCGCUGCAAAAAGUCUUAAAAUUCCACCACCAUCGGGUAACCCGACCAAUUUAGUGCCACCCAGUGGACCACAGAAUAACGAGAAUGGUAAAAAUUCUCAAAAAAGUGAGGGUCCUCCAAAGUCGGGAAGCCCUUCGGAUAGAAGUCAGGAAAAUGCUUGUCAUGCAUCAGCUAAAAAAUGCCACACCGAUGAAUUGGUUGCUUGUCUUCAACAUCUUGGAGAUGAUUCCAAGGAAUUAUCCCUUUUCAUCCAGAACACAGGGGAGAGUACUCUGAUUGUGAAAAUUAAAAUAACACCUCCUGUAAAUAUUAACGUUGAGAAGAAAACAAUAGCCAAAGGGAACAACGAAACGAUUCAAAUAACUGCUCAGAGCGGACUAGAAAUAGUUCUAAAUGCUGGAAAAGGGAAUUGCAUUCUUCACACCAAUACUUCUUUUUCUGACUGGAAUCCUUCCUGGUUUCCUUCUUAUGCGACCCAUCUGACACCUAUUUAUGGUGCCUACUUUUUGUUUGUUACCAUGGUUAUCGCUGGAGGUACAUGGGCCUGUUGCAAGUGUAGGAGGGGAAGGAGAGCUGAUCCUGGCAUACCAUAUCAGCAACUUGAGAUGGGAGCACAAACACAAUCGAAUUCAGCAGUUGUUGACUCAAACACAGCGGAUGGUUGGGAUGAGGGCUGGGAUGAGGAAUGGGAUGAGGAAGAAGCAGUGCCACAGGCUUCAGAAAAGCAUCCCACUGGAAGUGUUUCAGCUAAUGGCCUCACUUCAAGAUCUCCCAGAAAAGAUGGGUGGGAUGUUGAUUGGGAUGAGUAGGUUCUCAACAAGGUGGAAAGUGAGUGAAUGGUCCUUUAUUUUUCCAGGAGAGAAAAUAAUCAGAAGCUAUUCCCAGAAGAAAGUUCUAUAUGUACUGUGGCUUUGCGAGGCAGAAGUUGCAUAUCACAGUGCCAAGAAAAGAUAGUCAUGUUUAGGAUAUCCAGCCUAUUUUUGUGGAGAAGAAAACAGUUUCAUGAAGAAAUUAUGUAUGAUAAUUUUUUUUCCUAAUUGCUGUUUCUGAACAAUAGGUUUGUUAGUUGAAUUGGAAACCCUCUGAAGGGCUGCAUCUAUUUAGAUUUUCACAGGGGCUUCUGAGUUAAAGAACCUUCUAUGGAGACAUCAGAUAGGAUCUGCCUGGCUGCCACCUGCCCAUCCUCGAAGAUGUGUUUGAAUCCAACCUGGACAGCUCUAAUACUGUCAAUACUCUACCCAGCUGCUAAGUCGAUAAGCUAUUACAAGUCUCCUAUGAUCAAGAGUACACGGUGAAGCACCAAUAUGGAACUAAUCAGCUAGCUCACGAUCUAUACUUUGGAACAAAAUAAGCAGAAUAAUGUGGAUCUAGGGGAUGUUGCUGUGUUGGAAUCUAUAUUGGGGUUGCCCUAAUAUCCGUUUGAAGUGUCAAAAUUAUGUAUUCUGAUGAAGAUACUUUUAGUUGAUUGUUUGCUUGAAAAUGCUGCUGAUUUAAUCCAAAUAAGCAAUUAGAUACAAAAAGAUUGUCUUUUGUGUGUUUGAACUA